UCGGACAUGACGUUUGCGGAAGUUAAUUUAAACACAAAGAUGGCUGAAGAGGAGAGUUCGUUCUCCGAGUUUGAGCGAAUUGACUUUCUCAAAGACAGACAUGUACGAUUCUUUCAGAGAUCUCUGCAGGUCUUGCCCGAAAGAUAUUCGUCUUUGGAGACGAACAGGUUGACCAUCGCAUUCUUUGCCCUCUCUGGCCUUGAUGUUCUCGAUGCCUUGGAUGUUGUGGACAAGUCGGCGCUGAUAGAGUGGAUUUACUCACAUCAAGUCCUUCCCACCGAAGACAAAUCAAACACCGGACGCUGUGGAUUCCGUGGCUCAUCAUACAUGGGAGUCCCCUACAACCCAUCCAAGGGUCCAGGCUUGCCCCACCCCUACGACAGCGGCCACGUGGCCAUGACGUAUACGGGACUCGCCAGUUUGCUCAUCCUGGGUGACGACCUGAGCCGGGUGGAUAAGGAGGCAUGCCUGUCGGGGGUGAAGGCCUUGCAGCUGGAGGAUGGCAGCUUCUACGCCGUGUCGGAAGGGAGCGAAAAUGACAUGAGGUUUGUUUAUUGUGCGGCCUGCAUCUGCUACAUUCUCGACGACUGGUCAGGGAUGGACGUGGAGAGGGCUGCCCGGUACAUCCGCAGCAGCUUGUCUUACGACAACGGGAUUGGGCAGGGAGCCAGCCUGGAGUCCCACGGAGGCUCCACGUUCUGCGCCAUAGCAACGCUGUGCCUGAUGGGAAAACUGCAGGAAACGCUCACAGAGCGCGAGCUGAACCGCAUCCGCCGCUGGUGCAUCAUGCGGCAGCAGAGCGGCUUCCACGGCCGGCCCAACAAGCCCGUGGACACGUGCUACUCGUUUUGGGUCGGAGCCGUCCUCCAGCUACUAGAUGUUUUCCAGUACUCUAAUUUUGAGAAGAACCGGAACUACAUCCUGUCGACGCAGGACCGCCUGGUCGGUGGGUUUGCCAAGUGGCCUGACAGCCAUCCAGAUCCUCUGCAUGCCUACUUCGGCAUCUGCGGCCUUUCCCUCCUCGGCGAGUCCAGCCUACGACGCAUGCACCCAGCCCUCAACGUGAGCGAGAGGGCCUUGCAGCACCUGCAGCAGCUGCACCGGACGUGGAGCGAGUCCUGCACAUGACAGCCCGUCUCCCCAGCCCGUCUCCGAGCCACACCGGCCCACCUACAGACACCACCUUAGCAAUAUUAACCUUAGUGGGUCGCUUAAGUUGGCACUGGUGUUGUGUCGAAUGGAGGGGAAGACCAUGCAUAAAUUAUCGUGUCCAACUGCAUCAAUUAUUAACAUCUGCCAGUGAAUCGACACUUGACCCAGUUGAACUGGUAUGGUUUAGCUUCACUGGAUUUCAGCGGUGCCCCAUCCUCCCCACAUUAUUUUUUUUUUAAUGCAUACUUUGGGUUGUCUUUUUUUUUUACUUUUUGCCUUUCUGGUGUUUUUUCCUUUGGUUCAGAAGGUGUUUAACAACGGCAUGGCUUACUUGAUGGUUGACUUAGUGGAAUUCACACUUAGGGGUUUGGUGCUGGUUUAAGGUCUUGUCUGCCAUGAUUUGUGUGAGGUUGCAGCUCUGUUUAGUACCAGAAGACAGUCUCUCAUCGGUGAGAUAGUGGGGGUAUGUUCAGCUGGUCUCCAAGAUCCAGCUGUAGGGAAACUCAGGACUGGACACCCCUGUCCUGCGUGCUGGGCUAAAAGACAGACAAAUGUUAGCUUUGUGCUUCGUGAAACCGCAUAAACUCUGUCCAUUUGAUUAAAUCACUGUUUUGUACACAGAAUGAUCUUGGGUGUCCUUCCACAUGCCUGCAUGUGUCAGAAAUAUCAACAGGUUGGGUUGCAGGGAAAGUGUAAUGUUCCAGGUUUGGACAGGCAGAAGACGACGGACAGCUGCGAACAGCUAGAGUUGGCUGUCGGUGGCGCUGGGGUAACAUCACACGUGGAGAAGGGGGAGGUGGUCUGCUCCCCGCAAGCCAAACUUCAUCCUCGUGCUUAUUAAAGACUGCAAGAAAAGGUAGCUUGCAGCUUUGAAGAUUUAGAAGGACUUGUUGAGGCAGGAUGUUGGGGAACCAGAGUGUUUUUCCAUAUGAAAGAAUCUGUCUCCUGCCUUUGUUCUGGAAUCAUUUUACCAUGGAGGUUAAACUACGACAAUCUCAAUUUCUUACAAUCUCUUAAUUUCCUACAAGUGCAGCCAAAAUUCAAGGUGAUUAGUUUCCACAUAACCACCAAUAAAAACACUUUUUUUCA